AUGGCGCUCAAGCCGCCCAAGAGUCUGACGCUGGAUCUAGAGGCGCCCGUCAUGGUGGAGAACACGGAGCCAGAGCUGCCUGUGGGCAAUCUGGACGACCGCGCAGGCUUGUGGAUCACGUACUGCGCCUUCUUUUUCAGUGGGGCUGGAUCCAUCGCCAUGUGGAGCUGCAUCACGCUCUGUCUCGCCUUCUUCGACGAGAAAUACCCGGAAGAUCGUGUUGGCUUCGUCUUUCCCGUUGUUAAUAUGUCAACACUGCUAGUCAUCAGCCUAUAUAUGGUCAUGGCGGGGCGGCAACUGUCUCUAGACGCCAGGAUGCACGGAUCCCUGGCAGCAUACGCCUCCUUCGUGCUGCUUUUCCCUCUGGCCAGCGUGGUUGCCCUACCUCAUGAUGUCGGCUAUCCACUAACGUUGUUGACGCUCAUGGGUUCGACAAUCUCAUCGUCGAUUAUGCAGUCAACCAUGUACGGGCUGGGUGGAGUGUUCGGCCCCAUGUUCAUCCAGGCCAUCGAAGGCGGCAAAGGCUUCGGUGCCAUUCUGCUGUUCGCAGUGAGACUCGCCUUGAAAUGGUAUUUAGAAGGCAAAGACAGUGCCAGACACGAUCUUCAGCAGCAGAAUUACUAUGCUAAACUGUCGAUGGGUGUGUUUUUCGGCGUUGCGCUGAUUGUUGUGAUGUCGACGUGGGUGCUAUACUGGGCUCUGCUGCGUACCAGAUUCGCGCAACCAUUGCUGACCGAGUACGCGCUAGUGCAGCUUGAAACGCCGUUGACGCCUCCGAUGCUGUCGCCCCUGUCAAGUCCCGUUAGCCCGAUGAGACGAUCAAACGCGUUCUUCGCCCGCGAUGGGGUGAACGAACGCAGCCCAUUGUUAGCGAAUAGCAUGGGCGUGCGCAAUGGAGGCACGCUAAACAAUCCGGAAGAUGACGCCGAUGAUGAAGAAGAUGCAUUUGAGAUCGAGGAAGAGCUGGAGGAGCAUGCCGCCGCUGCGACUGUUAUGAAUGUGCUUCACACUGCGCUAAAGCCCUUCUUUUCGCUGUUUUUCUCCUACUUUGUGUGCUUGUCAUGCUUCCCCGGUAUCAUCUCGGCCAUCCCAUCAGUAACGCUGGGCCUGGGCGACUGGUUCCCCAUUGUGCUGGUUGGAUGCUACAAUCUCGGCGACCUGGUAGGGAAGAACCUGCCCAUGUACGCGAUGUACUUUGACGUGUCGACACUUCACCUGCCAUGGCCGUUCCAGCUCUCGUUCCUCCCGCUGUUCAUGGCGGCGCUUGUUCACCCCUUCGAAGACAUAACUAUCAUCGUUGCGGUGCUCUUGCUGGGCUUAACUACGGGAUACGUGGCCACAUCAAGUAUUAUCAUUGCGCCGAGUAUUUGCUCCGAGUACCAAAAAGAAGUCGCCGGAAUGGUGGGUGGACUAAGCUCUAUCAUCGGACUCUGCGCAGGGUCCUAUAAUGGCUUGGCAAUGGAAGCUAUCGUCCAGUUCUGGACAGGAGACAUCCCACAGGAGCAGCCAAUGCUCUAG